AGUAACUAGUGAUGGUAAACGGAUGAGUAAACAAAAUAGGUUGUGAAUUAAACUGUUUUUAUGUAAUUCUUUAUUAAUAAAAAUCAGUAAUGUCUAAUUUGUGUGAAAAUAUUAGUAUACCGCCAUGUAUAUGGUUCGAAGGUGACAAUCGACGAAAUGCCACCGCGUCUAUGAUUUCAGGAUUUUUGUUCUUCGUUGGUUGGUGGGUCAUAAUAGAUGCUGCUAGUGUCUAUACGGGGUCAGUUGCCGCCGGAUAUCACAUGUGCGGAGUCGUGGGAACGCUAUCAUUAGUAAUGGUUAAUUCCGUGUCAAAUGCUCAGAUACGUGGUGAUGCUUACGAAGGAGGUUGUUUAGGACCACGUGGUUCGAGAAUUUGGUUGUUUCUAGGUUUUGUGAUGGGUUUUGCAUCGGUCAUCGCCUCAUGUUGGAUUUUAUUUGCUAACUUUGUAGGAAACAGUGAAGUGCCUCAGUGGCCAGGAGUCGGUCUCUUUCUUCAAAAUGCGCUCAUAUUUAUAUCGUCACUUAUUUUUAAAUUCGGCCGAUCUGAAGAUUUAUGGGGUUAAUAAAUUAAAAAUUGUGUUUUCUGCUUAUAUAUUGGAAGGUGUAAAAAUAAUGUUGUGCAUAUUAUGGUUAGUGUAAAACAAGUAAAGGUAAUAUAUACCUAUGUACCAUUUUUGGCUAUUUUUUAUAUUUGGGAAUGUGGUCUUUCUCAUACCUGUUCUCAUAUUUAUUGAUACUUAAUUAUAGAAUUGACACUUUUAUUUUCUAAAAUGUAUUAUUAUUUUUAAGACUGUUAUGUGAUUGUUUGUUUUUU